AUGCCCCUUGAGCUUGAAAACGUAAAAUCAUUAUUACCGCCAGGUAUUACUCUUUUACCUGGCGAAACAAUAGAAUUUAUAGAUAGAACAAGCGCAAUCAAAUUAUCUAAAGAAACUUCAGAUGGAGGCUUUGUUGAAUGUGGUUACGACACUGAUGAAUUUUAUGGCCAAAGGGACAUUGCAAAUGAAUCUAUUGUUCUAAUAACAAAUUACAGAACAUGUUAUCAUCCUAUAAGAAAUUACUCUGAUCACCUGGCCACGACAUCUUUAACAACCAGGUUAACUUCAAUAAUAUCACUCACAACACAAAUUCCUCACCUUUCUGUCUCUUCAUUAGAAGAAUCACAAUCACAAAUCACAAUAUCUCUAAAGUUCUUUCCAUCAAAGUAUUUAUUUACAUUCUCGAAAUCAAAAAGGUCAAAUUUUUCCUUUGAAAAUAACGGAAAUAUUACCACUAUCCAAUCUAAUAACAAUUGCAAUAAUAAUUCAUUAUGUAUGAAAUUUGCCUUUAUAUUAAAAGACUUUGUUAAUCCUGAUGUACUGGAAAAUGUUUUUGCAUUUCAUAUGGGAGAAAGUUACAUCUCUCAAAGCAAUGAUGAUGAUGAUAGUAAUAGUACUGGAAAAAAAAACAUUAUUCAUAAAAAUAGCAAAAAGAAAAGUAUUAUUCAUAAAGGAAUAAAUGAAGAAACAUUUCAAUGUUAUAAAAAAUUAGGAUGGACGUCAGGUUACCAAAUAGAGAAGGAGUUUAAACGUUUGAAGAUGGAUAACGAAUCAUGUAGAUUUCCUGUUGUUUGUUGGAAAAAAGGUCAUCAUGUUUUGAUGCGUAGUGCUCAACCAAUGGUAGGGUUUUUUUCUUCACGUGGUUUGGAAGAUGAAAUUUUAAUUCAAGAAGUUUUAGGUGCAGUCAGUGAGGAGGAACAAGAAAUGGCUAAAGCAAAACAAAAGUAUUUAGGUUUUGAAAUAGGAAGUAUUUCAGAUGGCAAACUUACUAGAAAUUCUAUAAAUUUUGAUGAAAAAUGUCAAAUGAAAAUGUGCAUUUUGGAUGCAAGAAAUUUCACUUCUGCUUUUUCAAAUAUUUAUAAAGGUGGUGGCUAUGAAAAUAUAGGAUUUUAUCCACAAAAUACUACACUGGAAUGGCUGAAUCUUCCAAAUAUUCAUGUUAUUUCAAAUGCACAUUCAAAACUAUUACGUGAAAUAGCAACAAAUGCCUCAUCGCCUAAUUGGUUUUCAGUAUUAGAGUCUACAGGAUGGUUGAAUUGUGUAGCUGGUUUGCUUAAAGCAGCUGGAGGAAAAAAUGGAGUGGUAUCCAAGAUAGUUGAUGAUGAUUCUAGUGUGCUAGUGCAUUGUACUGAUGGUUGGGAUAGAACACCACAACUUGUUUCACUUGCACAAAUAAUGUUAGAUCCAUAUUAUCGUACUUUGAAAGGGUUUAGGGUGUUGAUCGAAAAGGAAUGGAUGGCUUUUGGUCAUCAAUUUAGAGCACGUGGUGAACUCCCGACUAAAUUAUCUUGCAAACAAUUUCCUACAUUGUUUGAGUUUAAUGAUUUUUUGUUGUUGUGUCUAGCUCGUGCAUCGGCUGGAAAUUCGCCUUACGGUGAUUUUCUAUGUAAUUCUGAAUUUGAAAGAGAAAUAAUUAGGUUGCGUGAAAGAACUAGAAGCAUAUGGUCAUGGGUGCACGAACAUCGACAAUGCUGCUUUAAAUUUGACCAUGCAUGGAAAAAAGAAGUUUUACGUCCUGAAACUGGCGCCAGGGUAAUAACACUAUGGUCUGAUUAUUAUUUUCCAAAAGAUGAUAAUUCAAUAGCGUUAUUAUCAGUACCACCUGGAUCUGAGAUUAUGUUUACUCCAGGAAUUAAAAUGCCCGAGAAAUUAUUAUUGACAAUGUGUAAAAAAUUGGAAUACGAUGGCGAAGAUGAAGAUGAUAAUAAAAUAUAUGUUGAAGAUAUGCUUCUUAAUUCGGUAUUACAGGAUGGUGUCAGAUCUGUACAUAAUGAUGCAACAGACAUUUCAAAAUCCUUACUUUUAGGUCAAUCAGAUUAUAUUGAUUUAAAAGGAUUAUCAAGCUCGGACAAAAAAAAUAAUGUAGAAAGAUAUGAGAGCACAUGGGUUAAUUUAACAUGUCCACAUGAGAACGACAAAAUAGAACUCGCACAAACUUUAAAAAAUCUUUUACAUGAAGCACAAACAGAAGAUUCAUUUACUCAUUAUUUAUUAACGUCAUCGCCACCAUCAACAUCAGAUGGCAUUUCUAGAACUUCACUUGAUUUUAAUGACUUUGUAAUUAUUUAG